CAAGACUGUAUAAUAGUGAUCAGCACAAAAAUGUUCUCUGAAAAUUUCUAAGGAAUAGAGACUUUCACAAUACAAUGAGGUAUUAAUAAAAUAAGUUUACAAAACUAAGAAUUAGAGCUACAGAGAAGACUAAAUUACAGAAUGCUUGCUGAAAAAUUUUAUUAAGGAAACACAGCCUUCUACCAAGUUUUCCUCAUUUUAAGAAUAGUAUUUUCACUUAGGUUAGGUAAAGGAAAAGUUUGACUGUCUACAGGGAACAGCCUAUGAGUCGCCUGGCAGCGGAAGGAAAUCCCUGAGACGCACAUACAUGUGCUAUCGCAAGUGGAAAAAGAGGUAGGCAGGAGUUCCCUCCCUGAUGUAUCUGCCUGACUCUGAUGGUUAUGCAAAAGCAAAUACCAGGCUUUGAGCUCAUCUGCCCGGGCUGUUUUAAUCCUUUAGCACAUUUCAGUUGGAUCUUUUCAUUGAUAAUAGUUAAACGUACUGCUAGUGGCAUGCUUUCUUCUAUGCCUAAUGCCACAGACCUGACAUUACAGCAAAUACUGUUCUGGCAAUAUCCCCCCUGCUGCACUCGGGGACCUGGGCAGAGAUGGAUUGCUGCUGUUGAAAACUGCUCGCUAACACUUGUGUUCCAGCUCUAAUAUCUCUCCACUGGGCAAAAUUAUAGCAGCUGCUUUUCUGUUACUGAUAGAAAGAGACAUUCAAUAAAAAACAGUAGUACCCUGCUUCUUUCUUGAGACUUUCUUUUCAGGCUGUGCUUAGAAAAUGAAGUAUUUGGGGUAUUUUUCAGUUUCUGCAUUGUCCCUAACACCUCUCUUACACCCCAUGUUCUGUUCUCCCAAGUCUGUAAUCUCCUUCUAGGAGUUCCCAAUGCAGACUCUGGUUUUCCUUAUGGGAGAAAACAUUUACAAAAAAAAAAAAAAAAAAAAAGGCAGUUUGGCCAAAAUCAGUUCAAGAAAUCCCAAAAGUUCAAUGUCAGCAUGCCUUAGUUUGACUCAGACUGCAUUCUUCAAGAUUGAUCCCAACAGGCACACUUGCCCUGGGUGAAGAGUCCCCCUGAAAGGUUAAAAUUCCUGCAACAGGUAGGCAGAAAGAGAUAAGGCAGCAGAUAACAGGGAACUUCGUGGCAUUUCCUGCAGCCCCCCCUCCCGUAGGACCUGGCUUUGGUCCAUUCAAAGAGUUUGAUGUACUUAAUCCCACCCACAUGUGGCUCACUCGGACAACUUGCGACUUGUACUACCCAGCACCUAAACACGGGCGUUUAGUUUCACAUAUACAAAUAAUAAAAGUAGCAGAAAUACAGAUAUAAAUAUACAUCAUACGAAAUCCAUAAAACAUUAAACCACGUUAAAAUAUUAAAAUAUACGGAAGUGUAUCGCAUAUAUAACGUAUGUGUGUACAUAGGCAGGUAUGCAUGUAUAAUUUCCAGGAGGUUGUGUUCGGCUGGACCUGGCAGGCUCCGAGGAAAGCCGGACCGGGGGGCUCCAGCCCCGGCCGGGACCCCGCGGGGCAGGUGAGCGGGGGGGCGGUGAGUGCGGGGAGCAGCCCGGCCCUCAAGGAGUUACGGAGCACGAUUACUUCAUGUUCCCACCGGCUGCUUUCGGCCGCCCCCCCGGCCCGUUUCACAAUCCCAGCUCUCGAGCAGCCCUGUCAAGCCCGGCGCGCUGAGAGAGCACACACCCCCCGUGUGCUUCAUGCCGGAUUUUCCCAAGGCCAUGAAUAAUCUCGAAGCCCCCUCAAUAAAUACUCGUUCAGAGAUGCCCGGAGCUCAUUCAACCCGCCAGCCUCGCCGACGACAAGGGGCCAGGGCCGGAGCCGAGAAGAAGCCGCACCAUGAAGUUUCACCGGGACUGUGGCUGCGACCGUGCCCGCGCCGCCCGCCGCCGGCCGCCCGCCCUCCGCGCCGCGCUGCUGCUGCCGCCGCCGCUGCUACUGCUGCUGCUGGUGCCGCGGGCCGCUGCCGCCCCGCUGCCCAACGCAGACUCCUCGGGGGAGGCCGAGCUGGACGAGGCGACGGGGCGGCGGGCGGCGCUGCCCGACAGCCUGCGGCUGGCGCGGCUGCUGCACGCCCGGGCGGCACAGCUGCAGGACGAGAUGUGCGAGAAGUUAGCCGUCUGCCAGAACAGCGUGGAAAUGCUCCUCCAAAACAACCUCAACCUCCCCAAGGUGACGGAGGAAGAUGGGUGUCUGCUCGCCGGAUUUAAUGAGGAUAAAUGCUUGAGAAAAAUCUCCAGCGGGCUUUAUACAUUUCAGACAUACCUCAAAUACAUACAAGAAACUUUUACCAGUGAAAACCAAAAUGUUGAAUCGCUAUCCUAUAGCGCAGAGCACCUGGCACAUACCAUAAGACAGAUGGUGAUCAAUCCCGAAGAAGUGAUCAUCCCAGAUGCAGCUACCCAGGAAUCUCUCCACACAAAGCUGAAGUCCACUAAGGCCUGGACAGAGAAAAUCACCAUCCACCUCAUCCUCCGAGAUUUUACUUCAUUUAUGGAGAAGACAGUGAGGGCUGUGCGCUAUUUGAAAAACACCAGGAGUUUCAGUGUUUGA